GUGUUUCUCCUUCGACUUCCCAGAAAGCCACAGAAAGGUCAGCUUUCCUCAUCGCUGCUCGCCCGAUCGAGUUGGCCGAGUGACAACGGCUUGCUGAGCUUCUUGACAUAGGUACCUUGGCGCGGACACCAACAUCGACAAUGGUUUCCGUAUCCAUCACGUACAAGAAACCAGGCACGCAGCCUCCCAUCUUCGUCGCCGGCUCCUUCUCAGAACCACAAUGGCAGCCCCAGGAAAUGCAAUUCACCACUGAGGACGGCGGAGAACACACCUUUCACAAGGAUAUUGAGGUGCCGCCCGGCUCGCAGAUUCAGUACAAAUUUCGAGUUGGUCUAGGUGACUGGUGGGUUCUUAACGAAGACGCCCCUACAGUGACCGACGCAUCUGGAAAUCGAAACAAUAUCCUGAUAGCUCCGGACGCUGGGGAGGACAAACAGCCGAACGGAGACAACGGCGAAGACUCUGCUAAGACUUCCGAAAGCAUGGAGGCCUCGAACGUUGCUACUUCUUCAUCAGCCUCUCAGCCCGAGCCCGAGCUCGAGCCCAAGCCCAAUGCCAUAGGUCAUCUCAAGGAAGAAGAACGGCAGCGACUUUCAUCAACACCAAUCGAGCAAGUCGCAGACACCGCAGCAGAGGUCGCCGACAGCGCCGCGAAGCUUGAUGCCGAAGUGGAUACGACUCGCCUUGAACCAAUCCCCAAAGGCGUGAGUCAGCUGAAGGAUGAAGAGCGACAGCGUCUCUCGUCGACGCCCAUUGAGCAAGUUGCUAGCGUCGCCGCCGAGGUCGCUGAUAGCGCCCAAGCGCUGGAUGCUGACAAGGAUUUCGAACGAAGAGACAAUGCGGACGACGGUCCCCCGCCUCUGUUUACUCACGAAGCUCUGGGACCUUAUGAACCUUCGGGAAGUGGCGACGAAGAUGACGCUUCUAAAGGACUUGAUCAUCACGGCACCGUAGACUAUGACGUCGACAAGUACGAUUUGAAUGAUCCGACGUUGGAACGUUGGCCCUCAAACCGCAGUGGCAUCAUCGACGCCGUGCGCAAGGUCGAAACCGGACUCAACGAGGAUCAGACUAGCUUUCAUGGCGCACCCCUAUCUCCCGUGAUUGGGUCUCGAAAAGCUGGUCUUGAUCAGUACUACGAAGAAGCCGUUCUCUCGUCAGGACCUUCAAGCCCGAGUUCUAACAAGAGGCUCGAAUUGCCCAGAAAAUCCCAUGGCUCAAUGGUAUCGGACAGAUCGCUCUUGUCUUUGAGAUCAAUUGCUGAAGAGGACAAGGAAACGCCGAGUGCCGAGGGAGCCGGCUUCGACGACGACGACGACGAUGACGACGACGACGACGGUAUGGUGCGGGUGCCGAGCCCCGCGAUACGACCAACACCAAGCACCUUGGCAUCACCUGCGAGCGACGAGGACGAAGGAGUCGUUAUGAAGGGAUCCAAGGCCAAGUCUAGGAAGAGUUCGGAGUCAGCGAUGUCGGAGUCGCCGCACCUCAAUGGCGUGUCCAAUGGCAAGCACGUAAUGGACGAGUCGCCCAAGGCAUCUCCCGCACAGCCAGGUACCCCGGGAGUCGCUGUCAAGACACCCGAGCAAAUUGGAGAGUCGAGCAACGCCGAGGACAACAACCAGACAACGUUUGUUGAAUUAGGCCCCAACGGUCCGGCCUCGACCACCGGUCGAGAUGAUGGCCACAAGGGCCAGAUCAAGAAGCGCGGAGCUUCAUCGGCCGAACGACCCAGCACUCCUGCCUCAAUACACAGUGUUACAGACAGUAAGGGUGGCUGGCUACAGGCUUUCUUCCGCGUGCUGUUUGUGGACUGGAUCGGUGGUUUGUUCAGCCGAAUGUUCGGCAGCCGGAGAAAGGCGAUGCUGGUCACGAGCACGGUCGCCAUAGUUGCAGGGGCUGCAUGGUGGAAGUUUGCCAUGGGCGGCGACUUGAGCUUCGGCAAAACAUCACUAUGAAGGGGCCACGGAGGGCUGGCAUAAGUAUUGCAGAGCACUGGAGUUUGCACACUGGCAUACCGGCAUGGAUUGUACAAGUAAUGGGGUGGGACGAGCAUGGCGAGCAUGGUCAGAGGUGUGAUGGAUUGAUUACCUGAAACCUGGGACAGACACUGUGGCGUACCCGGCGGAGGAGGGUUAUUGUGUCAAGGAAACAUGCAAACAAACACGCACUAUUGGACCUGAACAGAUUGAUAUGGCACGGGGAA